UCACAUGAUUACUAAGCAUGGCGUUUCCUCCCGUUGCGGCGGUCAGUCGGCGAACUAGUCAGAUGGAAGAGUUUUCGCCGAAGGUUAACAAGCAAAAGAGACUGGAAUUGGAUCUUCUAGAUGCAAAGUUGUUUGCAUUUCCUGAAGAAAUAUGUGAGACGAGCGGACUGGAGGUAUUGAAACUUUGUACAGACGACAUACACUCUAUACCCGAAGGCAUUGCCAAACUGAGGAAACUAGAAGAAAUUCAUUUGCAUACAAGUGAUUACCACAAUUCCAGAACUUCCUACUUCUCACCGCGGCUUACACCCAUUGGUCUCCAGGAGGUCCCUACUGUUGUUUCUCUUCUUCCAUGUCUUAAGGUUUUGUCUGUGUGUGGCAACCGUCGCAAUCCAUUGCUGUUUGAUGAGCUAAUGUCAUGUCAACUGCCCAGUACUCUUGUGGAAGUGGAAAUGGUGGCAUGUGUCCUUCAAAUAUUGCAACACAGAGAUGAUAAGAGAGGCAACACUCUUGAAUGA